AUGUUCGACAAGGCUGACGGCAUGGCACCCUUGACCAUCAAUACUCGAACAAAUGCAAACGGCAACCACACCGUCUUCGCUGCGGCGACCUUCCACUACACUGAAGAGCCCGCGCGUACCACUACAAGCCAGACCCUUACUCAGCAAUCACCCACUCCAGGGUCGGCGAUGAGGAGUCGCGCGCCGUCUGUUGGGAUGAACGGCCAAGUCCUACCUCCCACCGCCUUGUACGUUCGAGCACUCUACAAUUAUGAAUCGGAUGAUAGGACAAGCCUCAGCUUUCGGCAGGGGGACACCAUACAAGUCAUUACACAGUUGACGAGUGGCUGGUGGGACGGCGUCAUCAAAGGGGUCCGCGGAUGGUUCCCUAGCAACUACUGUGUGGUGGUCACCGGUCCAGAGGAGGCUACAGCAGGAGAUGCACCACAACUGAUGAACGGAGGCGAUGUGGUUAGCGAGUCUGGUACAGAUGAGGAGUAUGAGGACUUUGAUGAUCGGUACGAAACGAGGCAUGCACCCAGGAAUGACGGCUCAAAACAGUCGAUCGAUGGUGCGGACAAGGAGCAAGAAGAGGCUGCUUUCUGGAUUCCACAAGCCACUCCAGAUGGGCGAUUAUACUAUUUCAAUACGCUCACCGGCAUUUCGACAAUGGAACUCCCGCUAGAGACACCCACCUCGGCCAACGAGACUGGCCCAAGAGAUCGGAUGAACAUCCACGUGCCUGAUCAGACUAGACCUCCUCCUGAGAUGAUGGCGCGCGGCUUGGAAUGCGAUGAAGGUGAAUCUGAAACUGGCGAUUCGGCAUCCGAACUUGACGAGUCCUCCAUGCGCUCGCGGCCAAGGCGGCGGCGUUCUUACAUCUCUGAUGGCAUAUCUCCAGCUGUAUCUACAGAGUCUUUCGAUACCUCGCCAAUGGCGCACAAUCGGAGUUUUGAGACGACGAAUCUGGCCUUGAGCGGAACACAGCAGUCUUCAGGAGGAACUGGUACGACCACAACGUCUUUCACCAGCAAUCCGUUGGGCCAGGUAUCUGCAGCUGCAGCUGUAUCACGGUCGUUCUUCGACGACGGCAGCUCCGCACCUCAGACCUGGACUAGGCUCGUGGAAAACAUCCGCAAAGCUAUCGAAUCUUAUAGACAAGCAAUCAAUAAUGCUGACCGAUCAGAAUUCGUUCGAAAAGCCGAGGACAUAUCUGAUCAUCUUCGAACGCUGCUCGCUGCUGCUUCAGGCACCACUGACAAUCAUUCGGGCAACCCUUCAAUUAUCUCUACGAACAAGGCGCUGUACCCACACUUCCGUGACAUGAUGUCUCACUUCUCAAAGUUGGUCUUAUCUUCGCAUAUUGCUUCGGCAGACUGGCCGACACAGGACGCGUACACCAAAUGUCUUCAAGAGGCGGAAGAAGUUAUGUUGGGAGUGGAAAACUACGUGGAGGUCGCGCGAUCGCAGCGAGGUGAAGAUAUUCCACGACUGGUACCAGGUUUUUUCUUAGGUAGCAAUAAUGGUGGAAGCUGGCAGAACAACGGUCUGGGAAUCAAGGAUCCUUUGUUGGCUACCUCAUUCAUGGACCAAGACGAGUAUGAGCCGUAUGUUGAACCUAUCGUAACCUUGGAUGGCACGCUGUUGGAGAAGAUGGAUGAGCUGAAGCGAAUAAUCGUUGCCAAUAUUCGCCGCCUUGAAGAUCAGCUUUUCGUAAGGGAGAAGCUCAUCACACCUUUCCGACAUAGACAGAUUGGGACAGCGGUUUGUCAGGCCGCGGGAAAGGUCAUCGAGUUCUUUCGACCCUGGCUCUCCGCCGUUGAGUCAAUCAACCUGUCUCCUUUGGGCACUGCGUUUCAAAACCCACAGCUCAUCGAUUUCACGGCUCAAAAACAAAAGCUGUAUGAUCUCGUCAUGCAAUUAUUGCUCGCUUGCCAAGCAGUGGCGGCGCCAUUGGGGGAUGAGUGGGCCGAAUGCCGGGGCGAUCCGUUGGAAGAACGCCUCAAUGAGGUUCGCGUGACCAUACGGCAAUUAGAGAAUUGCACCUCUCAAGUCGGGUUCUCCUUGCAAUUACUGCUUGACUCGAUGCCACAAGGAUCAAGCACACACCAGGAACUGAGAGACACACAGCUCUCCCGCCCUCACCGAACCACAGAUGGCGGGGCGCCCUAUGAAGCUUCCACAUAUCCAAAUCACUCCAGACUGUUGCGACCUACAAUAUCAGAGAUGAACUUCCCAGUCUCUUAUUCGGAGGGGGUGGAUCCAGCCGCAGAGAACUACCGCAAGCAGGACAACAAUUCGAAGGUCAAGAAAUUCUUUGGCGAAGUACCUCGAGACAUUGAGGAAGAGCCGUCGUUCCUGAAACUUGACUACGAAGGAGAAAUCUCAUACGAUACCAAGGUCAAUCCACCACAACUGCGCGGCGGUACCUUGAUCGCCUUGGUGGAACAAUUGACCCGGCAUGACCGACUAGAUUCGCAUUUCAACAACACCUUCCUCCUUACCUACCGAUCCUUCACUACGGCCUCCGAGCUUUUCGAGAUGCUGGUCAAGCGUUUUAGCAUCCAGCCACCGCCAGGAAUCUCGCAAGGGGAAUACAAUACAUGGGUCGAGAAGAAACAGAAGCCAAUACGGUUCCGAGUGGUCAACAUUCUCAAAAGUUGGUUUGACAGCUAUUGGAUGGAAAACAAUGAUGAGGCCAGUAAUGAGCUUCUUCGAAGAGUCUACUCGUUUGCGAAAGACUCAAUUGCAACAAGCAACACACCAGGGUCUGGGCCUUUGAUGACUUCGGUGGAGCGAAGGAUAAAGGGACAUGAUCCUACGAAAGGCCUUGUCCCAACUCAAAGCAACUCGAUGCCCACGCCAAUCAUGCCGAAAAAUAUGAAGAAGCUCAAAUUUCUGGACAUUGAUCCCACUGAGUUUGCGAGACAAUUAACAAUCAUCGAGUCAAGGUUAUAUGGUAAAAUCAAACCAACGGAAUGCCUGAACAAGACCUGGCAAAGGAAGCUCGGCCCUGACGAUCCUGAGCCAGCAGCCAAUGUCAAAGCUUUGAUAUUGCACUCAAAUCAACUUACAAAUUGGGUUGCGGAGAUGAUACUGAACCAGUCAGAUGUGAAGAAAAGGGUAGUUGUGAUCAAGCAUUUCGUAUCCGUAGCAGACAAAUGCCGCGCGAUGAACAACUUUUCGACUUUGACGUCUAUCAUCUCGGCCCUUAGUACGGCUCCUAUAGGUCGUCUCACUCGGACCUGGGCACAGGUCAAUGCUCGAACGAUGACGGUCUUGGAACAAAUGAGAAAGUUGAUGCACAGUACCAAGAACUUUGGGGAGUACAGAGAAGCGCUGCAUCUGGCGAAUCCUCCUUGCAUCCCUUUUUUUGGCGUCUAUCUCACCGACCUAACAUUUAUUGAAGACGGCAUACCCUCUGUAAUCAAACGUACAGACCUCAUCAACUUUGCUAAACGGGCCAAAACUGCCGACGUCAUUCGAGAUAUCCAGCAAUAUCAAAACGUUCCUUACGUUCUCAAAUCUGUGCCCGACCUGCAGGAUUACAUAUUGAGCAACAUGCAAGCGGCUGGCGAUGUGCAUGAGAUGUACGACAAGAGUCUCCAGGUUGAACCAAGGGAAAGGGAGGAUGAGAAAAUCACAAGACUCCUUUCGGAAUCCGGGUUUUUGUGA